UUCUACUUAGUUAGAUAUAAACAUUCGUAAGGAGUACAUGUGCACAGCGGAUUAACAUUAAUUAUAAUUUUUAUUGUUGUUUGUUUAAUUAAUAACAAUAAUAGGUGUAGUGCGUAUCGCGCGCGCGAGGCCAGUUUUGAGCGAGAGUUGGAAAACCGCGAGUAAUACAGUGUCCGUGACCGCGCACCGAGCUUGACACGAGUCCCGCCGCGGCUGAUCCGGCUUAAACGUCACACCGGAUUUGCUCCGACGUCGCGAGAAAACAGCUGAUUAAAUCCGCAGUGGAUCUUCCAGUACGUGUCAUCGAUCGAUAACCCAACAUUGUCAAAGGGUUGUCAACGUCCGAAAUCUAUUUACCGUGACACUUGGGAUAAAGUAAACAAUAGAGCAGGAAGACCUAAUAGAUGAGGAUCACGUCGCGAUCACAGUGAGUGAGAAACGAUCCAGAGUGAUCUUUGAUGACAACAAUUGGAGUUUGUGUAAGAGAUCGUUCAGUGAGCUAGUGAGUUGUAGUCGUGAAUGACACCAAGUGAUUCGUGAACGGAAGAUCGGUGUGAUUAGUGAGAAUUGUUGUUGUUUUAGUCAUCAUUAUCAUCUGUACCGUGUGAUCAACAAUCGUGAAGAUUUUUUCCUUCGGAGAGCUGCAUUCGUCGAUCGGGAGCUCCACCGGAAGUCCUGUGCCCUCCGAGUCGGCCUUCCUCGACCAUCCCGGUCGGCUUCCGGAGCAAUCCUCGCCGUCGCAGCACCACCACCAAAAAAUUAGCACCGUGGCGCUGCACUCGACCGAGGCCCUGAUGGCCGGCUUUCUCAAGUCCACGGACCUGGGUCCGCACGGUCCGCACGGGUACGGCGGGUCGCACCAUCCGCACCACGGUCACCCCCACGGGCCUCUGCCGCCCGGAAUGCCAAUGACGUCGCUGGCCCCGUUCGGGUUACCCCACGGGCUCGAUGCCGUAGGGUUCCCGCAAGGUAUGUGGGGAGUCAACCCGCGGAAGCAGCGCCGAGAACGCACCACAUUCACCCGUGCCCAGCUGGACGUCCUGGAGGCCCUGUUUGGCAAGACGCGCUACCCAGACAUCUUCAUGCGCGAGGAGGUCGCCCUCAAGAUCAACCUGCCCGAGUCGCGAGUACAGGUUUGGUUCAAGAAUCGGCGCGCCAAGUGCCGCCAGCAGCUCCAGCACCAGACCUCCGCCAAUCUCAACAGCAGCAACAAAUCGUCCAGCAGCAGUUCGUCCAACUCGGCCAGCCGGCAGUCCGGCGGCGGUUCCGGCUCGUCCUCUUCAGCGAACCACAACGGUUCUGCCAACAAGACCACCUCAUCGAUAGCGAACGCCAACAACAAGCCCACGAUCAAGCACACGCCGAUGAACAGCAGCAGCCACGGCAGUCAUCCGAACGGAGCCGGAAGUGGGCCAAGCAAUAACGGCAGUGGAGCGGGCGCGAGUAACAGCAGCAGCAGUCACAACGGAAGUUUAGGGUUGGCGCACAGUAAUGCGUCACCGAUCCUGCCGAUAACUCCGUCGACUUCGGUGAGUCCACCGGUCAAUGUGAUCUGUAAAAAGGAGCAACCGUCGUCGUUUCAUCACACUCCCGGGGGUGGUGGUGGUGGCGGCGGUAACGAUGGCAUGAAGGCGUCUCCGGGCUACGAUCUGCUGAAGGAUCCCGAGCUGAGCAGCUUAUCGCACCACGCGCCGGCCUACAUGAACAUAAACUCGCGGUUAGGUCAAUCGCUGGGAGCGGGUGGAGUCGGAGGUGUUGGCGGCGUGUCCAAUGGGCCAUCCGCCGGCAACCUGACGCCACUGGGGUCCAACUCGUCCAUCAUGACGACACCGUCGCCGCCAAUCACCCCGCAGACCUCACACAGCUCGCUCGCGUACGUGCCGAACCACGAAACGUACAACUUCUGGCACAAUCAGUACCAGCAGUACCCGAACAAUUACAACACCCCGUCCUACUACAGCCAGAUGGACUACUUCCAGAACCAGAACCAGAGCAACUACAACAUGGGCCAUGGCCACGGCUACACGACGUCCGCCAACUUUGGCCUUGCCUCGACGUCGGCCCUCACCGGCGGUCCGAUGGGCGGCCAAACGUUCAGCCCGAACGGCCUCGACUACAUGAACCCGCAGGACAAGUACGUCAACAUGGUGUAAAGUCCCGAUCGAGAGAGCUGCCAAUCAUUGCUCAUAUCACACACACUCACGACGACAACGACGAUUUUAGCAGGCGCAACUUCCGAAGUUCUGAAUUUCCCGUUGUUCAUCCCCUACCCGCUCUACCAUAUCGAAGAAGCGCCCCGUGUGAUCGCUUCGAAAGCUUUGUUUUUAAUGUUUUUGUUGUCCCCUCCCCAAAACCUCCCCCCUCCCACCCUUCUAAUUUAUUCGUUAGGCUGCCAUAGGAGAAAGAACGACUCGAAUCGUGCGAAAGUCAUUUUCGAAUUAAGUGUAUAGAGAAAGAAUCAAUCAAAAUUGAGCCAGAAUCGAUAUCAAACUGUUCAUAUCAGUAUUUUUUGAUAGGAUCAAAAAAAGUGAACGCAAGUAUUUAAAAAAACAACUGAGAAAAAAAACAUACAUCGAUUUACCAGCGCCAAAAUGUGUUAUUAAAAAACCCAAUCUUAAUAAAAAAAAGAAAACAAAAAUCUUAUCAAAACAAACAAAAGGUGUAAAUCCGUGUAUGAAGUAAAACAAACAAAGAGAUUUAAAACAGUGCGACGGAUCCCGCCUCAGAGGUCGUGCAACGAGCACGAAACAAAUCAUAAACUUUGAUAUUAAACAAAAGUGUCCCACGUCCCACUCACACACAUUCCAACCACUUGUACGUAGGAUAGUUAAGCGGUAAGAGAAAAGAGAGAACCUGUGCAAUUUUACGUUCGAACCAUUUUUGCAGCAUGUGCGUGAGAAUGAAACCCCCCUUCCUUUUAUAAAAUACUCAUGCUCCAGAGAGAGAGAGAGAGCGCGAGCGACUCAAUUUGUUUUUACAAAUGUUACUUUUUCCUUUUAUUUUUUUCCAUUCGAGAAAAAAAAAUCAACCUACCAACACACUUUUUAACACGCUCUCUAUGGAAGAACAUUGAGCAAGAGCAAGAAGAACAAGAUAA